GAAAAUAUACUGGACCUGUACUGACAGACGGUGGCAGUAGUGCAUCACUGUGGAUGAAAGCUGUCACAAAAUAACAAAGAAGAAGAAGCGGAAGAAGUUUCUGCCGCUGCCAACGCCCGGCAUAGCUAGUGCGGAGGGACGUUGACCGAGUGAGCAGAGAGAUGCAGACUAUCAAAUGCGUCGUCGUCGGUGAUGGAGCAGUGGGAAAAACCUGCUUAUUGAUUUCAUACACCACCAACAAAUUUCCCUCGGAAUAUGUGCCAACAGUGUUUGACAACUAUGCAGUAACUGUUAUGAUUGGGGGUGAACCAUACACCCUUGGAUUAUUUGACACAGCAGGUCAGGAGGAUUAUGACAGGUUACGACCACUAAGCUACCCACAGACAGAUGUCUUCUUAGUCUGCUUCUCAGUUGUUUCACCUUCCUCAUUUGAGAAUGUUAAAGAAAAGUGGGUUCCUGAAAUAACUCACCACUGUCCCAAGACCCCGUUCCUUUUGGUCGGCACCCAGAUUGACCUGCGAGAUGACUCCUCCACAGUGGAGAAGCUAGCCAAGAACAAACAGAAGCCAAUCACCUUUGAGACGGCAGAAAAGCUGGCCCGCGACCUUAAGGCAGUUAAAUACGUGGAGUGCUCGGCCCUGACGCAGAAAGGAUUAAAGAAUGUGUUUGAUGAGGCAAUACUGGCUGCCCUGGAGCCUCCUGAACCUAAGAAAAGACGUAAAUGCGUACUGUUUUAAGUGUUGCCUUCACCUUCAACGAUAAACCUAGCUUAAUGGUGCUGGAGAGGUUUGCUGCAAAACACAUUCCAACAUUUUUUUUUUUUAUAGCACUGUCAUUCAAGUGUUUCUGCUGUGAACCCGCAAUAAUUUAAAAACAUUGUGGCCAUUGAUGGAAUUCUGUUUCGAUUCUCAGACAUCAUGAUGUUUUCGUGUCACUGAAAAAGAGGCACACAAAUUGAUAAAGAAGGUUCUGCAAGAUGGUUAAUAUAACAAGUAAUUAAUGAAGUAAUCUGGAAGACUGAGCAUUUGAAGUUUACCAACAAUAUUCCUUAACAGAAUAUUCAGCUCUUGAUCAAGCAUAUCUUCAUUUUUAUAGAGAUAAUGGCUAUUUACACAAGAUUUUAGGAAGGCUAAUUCAAAAAGUUGGAAAACCUACAGUAUUUGAGCAUAAUGUGAAGUAUCGUGUUACUGCUACAUUUAAGUAAUUGUGACGAGAUUAAACAUAAUCAUCUCUGUAUUCAUGCCAAUUUGUAGUUGGCAUGAAUUAAGUUCUGUAACAUCCCAAAUACCAAUUGUCAAAAGUUGCUUCAGUUCAGCUCCUUUUGGAUGUUUGUGUACAAACCUUGUGGAGUACACGACUUUCUAAACCGAGUAAACCUGCUGUUUCCCUGCAACAAGUGAGAGAGCAACACAUUUUGAUCAUGUCAAUACUUAAUGUACUUUGAAGUCAAUCUGUAAAUACUGUGAGUGCAACUCCUAUGAAACCAAUGCUAGCAAUAAUGCAAAUGAGAGAGGGUGACUAAAGUAAUUUUCAAAUGAGAACAUUACCUUUGUGUCUUAGGUUUUUAUUCAGUUGUACUGUAUCAUGCUUGUGAUAACAUGUCACAAUAAACCAGUAUUAUAACUUA